AUGCACUGUUGAAUAUUUCAAAUAAUAUUGGAACAACAAAAUAUCAUAAAAUCAACAUAAAAUUGCAUGCAAUUAUCACGUAACUAAUUAGAUUUUUAUCAUGAAUGGUUAUUGACAAUUGAUUAUUGAAAAGAUGUUUGAACAAGACCUAGACGACGACGAGGAAUGCAACUGCGCAGCGCCGUAUGUGACCGCGGCGACUCUUCUCCAGCUCCAAGCGAUGAAGAACAAGCUCAGUGUGGCGUACCUUGGCAGUGAGAUGAUGAAGUGGAACAGCUCCAGCACUGAAAUAGAGCUGAAGAAGUUAUCUGUUGAUCUCCAGAGAGUGUACAGGAACUUCGCAAAAGACCAAGCAAAUGCCUACCUUCUGUUGGCUCGCUGUAGAUAUUUCAAUCAAGAGUUUUAUAGAACAGUUCUGGAAGGCGUGAAAACUGCGAGUGUGACCGUAACUACUGGAACUAGAGAUGUUGCCGGAGUGACGCUGAUAAAGUUGAAAGUGAUAUUGGAGAAAUCAAAGCAAAAAGUAUCAUUUUUAUCAAGAGGGGGCCAACAAAUACAAGAGGCAAAAAACGCUUGGACCAAAUUGUUGAAAUCAAACAUCAAAAUGGUCGAACACAGGACUAAUUACCGAGCGAUUGAAAAUGCUUAUAGGAGUGCAACGAAGCGGCAGAAUAUUAUAGAUCAAAUAGUUGUGCCAAAGACACAAGCAACGAUAAAAUACAUCCAAGUCGAAUUGGAAGAGAUAGAUAGAGAAGAGAGUCACAGAAUUAAAAUGACAUUAAAUAAAAUGCAGAAGGGUAUGGAGGCGAAACGCAACUGUUAUUGCACGAAGCGGAUCUCUUAUGUCAAAGAUGAAGAUAAAAAAGUCGAGGAGAUAAAUACCGAAUUGCCAAAAGCUAGGAGCUUGAUUGAAGAGCAAACUGAAAUACCUGAACAUAAAUAUCAUCCAGUAAUUAUUGUUAAAGAUAUGCCAGAUAACGUAGAUAGACGAAGUUUAAUCAAACUGAAGUCUCAACAAGUGAUACCGUCUCUUAAAAACUUUUACGAACUUGUAUCUGUUGACACGAGUGUAGAAUUAGACAAAGUAAUUCCUAAAAAACGGCUAUCCCUUGGAGAUUGUGAUCCUAGAUUAGAUCCAACUAUGGCCGCCGAAACUUCAGUAGCUAUGGAUGAUUUUCUAGAUGUAUGCAAUGAUGCCAAGCACCAGCUUGAUAAUUUAACAAAUACAGAGCAGCCAAGUCAAGUGGAUUCUAAAUUAAUUGUCAAUUUAAAAAGUCACAUUGACGCGGUUAUUAACACAAACAGUAAACUUCAUAAUUCUACUAUACUAGCACCAAGUGUUAAAGGUUUUAUUCAAAGUUGUGGCAGAUUAGAUGUUGGUCUUAAAAUUGCUAAUAAAGACCUUGAUCAUACGCCAUUAGAUGACAGUGGUAAAAAAAUUGUAAGUAAUCUAGUAAAAAAUAUAGACGAUGUUGUACAAAUUAUUACAGAAUGCAAGAAUAACGGCUUGCUAACGCCAAGUCUUGAAGAGUUUUCAAAAGUAUUUAACGAAGCUAAAGAAAAAAUUGGUAACAAAAUUAAGAAACCAUACCAUGGACUACCAAAACAGGAUUAUUUAAAACAAAUUCUAGCUGACUUAGAGACAUUAACUAUGGAAAUAAGACGAGAAGGUCUAGAAUCAACGAAGGUACAGCAAUUUUUGAAAUCAUGCAAAUUAUUCAAAAUGCGUCUUGAAGAACACAAAAAGCUUGUGCCCAAGAGACGAACAUCUGAAUCACAAAGAGAUGACUCCUUUAUUACAGAGAGUAUAUUGUUAUUUAUGAUGUCUUGUGAAGAUUAUGUAAAGAGUGCAAAACUUGGCAGAAAUUUAACACCAGAAUCGUCAUCAGAAGAGAAAAUUAUUUCAAAAAUAUCUGAACUAAUGGUAAAGUGGCAGAGAGAAGGAAUUCUAAGUAAUAGUACAAUUGAGUUUAUGAAAAAUGCAAAAAAUAGAUGGACAAUUGAUAGUAGCAGAAAAUAUAACACCAGUUCAGAUGGUCGUUUCAUAUUAUCACCGAAAGAUGAUAGCUUGAUUUCUGAGGACAUAAGGUCAAUCAAGAUGCUACCAAUUCCGAUUAAGACUAUACCAAAAAAAAUAACCGCAAAUCAAAUUUUACCGCCCAGUCCCGAAAAUGCAUGUGAUGCUGAAAGCGGUGAAACUGUUAAUAAAACCAAUGAUAAUCCACCUCUACCGACUAAAUCGCCAAAACAACCAAUCCUUUCGAAUAAAAAUAUCCAAAAGGUAUCAGUGGCGGCGGGCUUUGUCGAAACUCAGACAAAUCCUUUACAGUCUGAAAAAGUGGACUUGACCCAACAAACGCUUGAGCCAAUGCCAAACAAUCCACCAAAAUGUAAAGAAGUAGAAGUAUACACUGAAUCGAAAUGCUGCAGGUUUUCUAAUGAGACCAAUGUUAAUUUUUUCACAAGAAACGAUGUUAUAAAUGAUGCGCAACAAUCCGAAAUGAUUGUGGCGGAAAUAAGCGCAUAUGAUAGUUGUCCAGUGUUCGAGUCGAAUCACGAAGACAUUUGGCUGUUGGAAACUUGUAUGGAGAAGCCAUCUGACACAGAAGCUGAUGGGAAACAAGGUUCCACAUUAAGUACAUCCAAUCAAUCAGUAGAAAAACUAACCUGCUUGGUCUACGAUAAAGAAAAGUCUGAUGAUCGCUCAGUCAAAAGGACUUACACUAUGUAAAGAACUGUUGAUGUAAAUGUUUUUUAAUAUUCAAGAAAUCAUUCACUUUUGCUACAACAUUUAUUUGUAAUUUUUAUCUUUUUUAUUUCGUUUUGUAUCUAGGUAAAUUAAAUGUGUAAUUAAAUUAUUAAAGGA